AAGCCGGCCUCGCGCACCGCAUGCUAAAGCUACCACCAGGCACGUACAACACACACCAGCUAAGCUCCAAUUAAAGACUCCUCCUUGUUUGCGCACGCUCACUCGCGCAGCCGACCAGUGGCCGUGAGCUCGGAUAGCUGAGAAGAUGACGCCGGUGAAGGUGUUUGGGCCGGCGCAAUCGACGAACGUGGCGAGGGUGCUGUUGUGCCUGGAGGAGGUCGGCGCCGAGUACGAGGUCGUCAACGUCGACUUCACGGUCAUGGAGCACAAGAGCCCCGAACACCUCAAACGCAACCCGUUCGGGCAAAUCCCAGCUUUCCAGGACGGGGAUCUGUACCUCUUUGAGUCCCGCGCUAUUGGAAAGUACAUCCUACGCAAGUACAAGACGAGGGAAGCUGACCUACUCCGGGAAGGCAACUUGAGGGAGGCAGCCAUGGUGGAUGUCUGGACCGAGGUGGAGACACACCAGUACAACUCGGCGAUUUCACCGAUUGUGUACGAGUGCAUCAUCAACCCAGCCAUGCGUGGGAUCCCAACUAACCAAAAGGUCGUGGACGAGAGCGCGGAGAAGCUGAAGAAGGUGCUGGAGGUGUACGAGGCACGACUGUCACAGAGCACGUACCUCGCAGGUGACUUCGUCAGCUUCGCCGACCUGAACCACUUCCCCUACACCUUCUACUUCAUGGGGACACCGUACGCGUCGCUGUUCGACUCGUACCCUCAUGUGAAGGCAUGGUGGGAGAGGCUCAUGGCGAGGCCGUCCGUCAAGAAGCUCGCCGCGGUCAUGGCUCCUCAGGGGGCGUAGGCGUGAGGACGACCUGAAAUCCUGAAUUCGGUGGAUGGCCAAUCGGAUAGUUCUCUUCUUGAUGAUUAUCCUGAAUCUUGCUGUGGCUUUCUUAAUGUUUUCGCGCAUGUGCAAUUUGAUUAAAUAAGACAGCAGCCGAAUUGCAUGACUGUGCAAUUUUCUUGGCGGUUCAGCAUGUUCGGUUUCUUGUCUAAAUCCCAAUCGGCAAACUAAAGAGGUUUGUUUUGAUGAAGUGAAUAAAGUAUAAAAAUGUUUUUUUC